CAGAUCUUGAUGCUGUGAGGUUGUUGUUGAUUAGACAGAAGCACUUAGAGAUGGUUAUUCGCCAGGAGCAGGAAACUCCGUUGAUAGGAGCUGGGAACGAGUAUGGCCAAAAGCCCAACGGAGUAGAGAUUGCUCGAGAUGAACGUGGACAUAAUCCUAACGGGUUAUUGGAGGCUCCAGAGCAGUUACACGGACAUCUACAGCCUUCAAGGAGUAAACUGUAUGCUGUUAUUGCACUGUUCAUCAUUUCUCUGAUCUCUUUUGUCUCACAGACCGAGCUGACGAGCUAUCUUUACAAGUCACUUGAUUUCAACCAGCCUGUUUUGCUUCUCGUUAUGACCCACUCUUCAUGGAUACUCAUAUGGCCAUUACAGGUGCUUUCGAUCAUGCUUUAUAAGCAUGUUAGACGUUGUCGUAAGUUUGGAUUGCACUAUCUUGACUCUGUGCAUAUAAAGAGGAACUUUGCUGAGAGUUUCAAGAACCAGCACCGGAACAUCUUCAAGACCUCCACGGUUUUGAAACCCACAGCACUGAUAAGCCCAAGUUCUACAAAGGAAUUCAUCCAAAGUGAGCCGAUCAAGUUCCUGACUGUGCGCGUCUUCAUACUCUCGAUCAUCUUGAACGUUGCUGGUUUAACCUGGUACGUUUCAAUGCAAUGGUCCCCUGCAUCUGAUAUCACUGCAAUAUACAACUGCUCAGCGUUUACCGCGCUGGUAUUUGCUAUCCCUAUUCUAAACGAAAAGUUCACCUAUACAAAGCUGUUUUCAGUGCUGUUGGCAGUGUUUGGAGUGUUCUGUGUUGCCUUUGGAGGUGACGAUGAGGAUUCCCGAAAGGUGUUCCCUCAAAGAGUACUGGGCGACAUCAUAAUCACAUUUGGUGCAAUCCUGUAUGGGUUGUACGAAGUGCUCUACAAGAGACUGAUGUGUCCACCGGUGGAUUCCGUUUCAUCCAGGAGAUUGAUGUCUUUCAGCAAUUUCUGUGCAUCUUUAAUUGGACUGGCAACGUUCUCCAUUGGUUGGAUCUUUAUACUUGUUGCCGAUAUCACUGGAAUCUCCAAGUUUAGAUUCAUAACAUCGCUGUAUUCCUUAUGGAUUAUUUGGCUCUCUGUGGUUUCCAAUCUGGUAUUUUCCCUCUCAUUCCUUGGCCUGAUGUCGUUGACGUCGCCUGUUUUAUCCUCAGUCUCAUCAUUAGUUACUAUACUGUUUGUUGGCCUCUUUGAGUGGCUGGUGUUUGGCGUUUCAAUCAACCUUGGACAGCUACUCGGGAAUUUACUGGUUGUUGUUGGGUUUGUUGUUUUAAGUUACUCGUACUGGAAGGAGAUUACAGAGGAGGACGUUGACGAUACCGAGGAGAUCGACCCUACAGACAUUGAAACCUUGACAUAGCUGAGCACCAAGUUGUGUUAGAGUGGUGCGUAGCUGUUUUGAACCGUGUAUAGUUGUUUUGAACCGUGUAUAGCUGAUCUUGACUAUGUGUAGCUGUUUUCAGCUGUGUCUACAUGUGUCUGCUAGCUCGUAAACACCAGACAACACAACAGAACGAACCUUGACAGGAUGCUUGCGUCUCUGACCAACGUUACCGAGCUGCGGACGCGUCAUUCCUCUUUUUUCAUCUUCUGAGU